AUGCUCCUUGUCAUCUCCUUGUUCGCGGUGCGCAAAGCGUUGCCUCCAGUGCCACUAUCCGCAGAGCCGUAUACGCGACGCAGUGACAAGAUUGCAAACAAUGGACGUCUACCUACGGAGAACUCAGUUUCUGUCGCCGAGAUCUCAGAUGCUGUAGCAGCAGACGCAGGAAACUACUUUGCCAGUUCAGACGCAAAUUCAAAAGAAAAUUCGUUUGACGCUAUGACUACGUUACUCGAAACUGGUAUCAAGAUGCCAGACUUAGCUAUCUAUCCGAGCGAUACAUUUUCACCUUUUGACAUUUCUGUGACACCAGCAUUUCCUCAUGAGACAACUUCAUCGCCGGAUAGACAGGGAGAUUCUGAUAAUAGCUCUGUAUCUCGAUACUUUGCUGAUUCUUUGCCAACAUCGGAUCCUCUCUCUCUUCCAUACUCUAUCUCGGGGUUUGGACUCAGCACCACAUCAUCUCCCAUGCCGACCAGCAUCAGUUUCAACAGCUCCGAUUUCCUCAUGACGGCGAUGAGCUCUGUUGAUAUCCCAGACAAACCCCCUCUUUCGAUACGCGAGAGAUCAUUUCAGCAAGGCUCUUUGACAGCCAAGAUGAUAUUAAGCCAGCUAUUUGACUAUACCCGCCGAAUGGCAGAGGGCAAAAACUUGCCGCCUUUCAUACAUCCUCCCUGUUUCCUUAGCCAAAAUGAUGAAUGCCCUUCAGAAGCACCACAUGGUUGUUUGCCUCAGUCUUUGGCUAUUUGCAGGAGUUUAACCCAAAUGUUUUAUUCUCGAACCUCAGAAAGCACAUCUUUCAUUUGGCGGCAGAUAUUCAUCCACUUGCGCGAAAUGCGCGCAGAGUAUAACAAUUAUGAUACGAAAAGCCUGCUAGAAGCUUCACAAGCGACCUUGAUAUACGGCCUGUUAUGCUCACAGUCCACAGAGUCUGUACCAAAGGAGGAUAUCGACUGGUUAAUUUCAACAACCGAGAUUUUUGCUCGCCGACUAUACAGCAUCAGCUCAUACGACCAGGGGUUAGACUACGCAUCCUUGUCUCGAGGCAAAUGGGUCUUUGUGGAGAGUCAAAGAAGAAUGGCCUGUCUUAUGUACCUAAUGGACUUGUUACUUCAUGUAAAAGGCGAAACUCCUUCGAAGGGGAGAUGCCCGGAGUUUGUCGAUCUACCUUUGCCCUGUACCCGAGAACUCUGGCAGCCAAUAUCCGACAGAGACUGGAGAAGAAGAUAUAACGAGGAGAACAACUCAAAGUUGAUGAAGGGAAAUCGGGGUCUGACAAUGGGAAACUUAUUUCUACUGAGACAGUCAUUGUCUCGUGGCGAAAACUUUCUCAAGGCAGCCAAAGCAGACCUUGCGAGAGAACUGGCCGAGUGGGUUGAGAAGGUGGACGAUUUGUCCAUGCUUUUGUGGAUGGCGGUUGCGCUGGAGGGGGAUGGACAAGCCAAGAUGAUACAAGGAACGUUGACGAUGGAAUGA